AUGAAGAUCUACUCGCUGACCAACUAUGGCCGACCGGAUGUGCGCGCUCUCGACGACAUUUGCGCUGCCGCGUUCAACGUUCCGAUCGUCGACACGUACAUCGAUCAGCUGCACACGUACAAUUAUUACAUGCGGGUUUCUCCGUCGACCCAGUGGUGUACUUUGAUCAUUAUGCAACUACUAUAA